GCCGCCGCCCCGAGGCCCCGCCGGACGCGGCCUCUGUCGGCCCGCGCCCCCGCCCGCCCCGCUCGCCCCUCGCUCCUGGCAGAGUCCCCUCGCGGCGGCAGAUGUGUGUGGGGUCAGCCCACGGCGGGGACUAUGGUGAAAUUCCCGGCGCUCACGCACUACUGGCCCCUGAUCCGGUUCCUGGUGCCCCUGGGCAUCACCAACAUAGCCAUCGACUUCGGGGAGCAGGCCUUGAACCGGGGCAUAGCUGCUGUCAAGGAAGAUGCAGUCGAAAUGCUGGCCAGCUACGGGCUGGCGUACUCCCUGAUGAAGUUCUUCACGGGUCCCAUGAGUGACUUCAAAAACGUGGGCCUGGUGUUUGUGAACAGCAAGCGAGACAGGACCAAAGCCGUCCUGUGCAUGGUGGUGGCCGGGGCCAUCGCUGCCAUCUUCCACACUCUGAUAGGAUCUUUCCACAACAACCAGAAACAAUAUAAUCCUAAAAGUGUAUCUCAUGCCAAAUUCUUUUCUUUCUGGCAGGCAUGGACGCAUGCUGGCAUUCUCUUAAAACACAAGUACAGUUUCCUGGUGGGAUGUGCCUCAAUCUCAGAUGUCAUAGCUCAGGUUGUUUUUGUAGCCAUUUUGCUUCACAGUCACCUGGAGUGCCGGGAGCCGCUGCUCAUCCCGAUCCUUUCCCUAUACAUGGGCGCACUCGUGCGCUGCACCACCCUGUGCCUGGGCUACUACAAGAACAUCCACGACAUCAUCCCCGACAGGAGUGGGCCGGAGCUGGGGGGAGAUGCAACCAUAAGAAAGAUGCUGAGUUUCUGGUGGCCUUUGGCUUUAAUUUUGGCUACGCAGAGAAUCAGUAGGCCUAUCGUCAACCUCUUUGUCUCCCGGGACCUCGGUGGCAGUUCUGCGGCUACAGAGGCAGUGGCAAUUUUGACAGCCACGUACCCCGUGGGUCACAUGCCAUAUGGCUGGUUGACGGAAAUCCGCGCUGUCUAUCCUGCUUUUGACAAGAAUAACCCCAGCAAUAAACUGGUGAGCACGAGCAACACGGUCACAGCAGCCCACAUCAAGAAGUUCACCUUCGUCUGCAUGGCCUUAUCCCUGACGCUCUGUUUUGUGAUGUUCUGGACCCCCAACGUUUCUGAGAAAAUUUUGAUAGACAUCAUUGGAGUGGACUUUGCCUUUGCAGAGCUCUGUGUCGUUCCUUUGCGGAUCUUCUCUUUCUUCCCAGUUCCAGUCACUGUGAGGGCCCAUCUCACCGGGUGGCUGAUGACACUGAAGAAGACCUUCGUCCUGGCACCCAGCUCCGUGCUGCGGAUCAUCGUCCUCAUCGCCAGCCUCGUGGUCCUGCCCUACCUGGGGGUACAUGGUGCCACCCUGGGCGUGGGCUCCCUCCUGGCCGGCUUCGUGGGAGAAUCCACCAUGGUCGCCAUCGCUGCGUGCUACGUCUACCGGAAGCAGAAAAAGAAGAUGGAGAACGAGUCAGCCACAGAAGGGGAAGACUCCGCCAUGACUGACAUGCCUCAGACAGAGGAGGUGACAGACAUCGUAGAAAUGAGAGAGGAGAAUGAAUAAGGCACGAGACGCCGUGGGGCACUGCAGGGACAGUCAGGACGACACUUCAGCAUCAUCUCUUCCCUCUCCCAUCCAUCGUGUUUUGUUCUUUUUUUUUUUUUUGUCAUGAAAGAGGCCUUGAUUCAAAGGUUUCGUGUCAAUUCUCCAGCAUACUAGGUAUGCUCACACUGACGUGGGGACCUAGAGAAAGGUCUUUACUGUUGCUUUGUAAAAACAAGCCAAACUGACUUCAUGCCCCUGCUUCCUGAAACUCCAAGACACAGCUGCCUUGUGGUCGAAGUUGUGUCCUUCUCCCUCGGACAAUCUCCACUUGGAACCAAAGGACUGCGGCUGUGCCAUCACCUCUUGGUCACCCUGCCCAGCAGGCUACACACUCUCUCCUGUCCCUUUUCAUCUCUUUUGAGAAUCAACAGGUUAAAACUCCGCUUCCUUCGAUUUGCUUCCCAGUCACAUGGCUGUGCAGAGAUGUAAUCCUGGUGGCCUAGUAUGUUGCCCCUCUGCCAUGGAGGUGUAAACUGUCUGCUACACACAUGCAGAAGGCGGCGGCAGCCUGGAGUCGCCGUGCACACCGAGGAUCAGAGAUCUGGGACCACGCCGGGCCGAUGAUGUAUGGAAAUAAUCCGCAGAAAGGUUUGAGAUGCCAUGGGAGUAGCAAACUGACACGGUCGAAGGAUAGCAUUUCACGUUGUGUUUUCCCAGAUUCGAGUGAGCUGUCAGUUCUCACCCCCCACCGUGUACAUACAUGAGCUAACUUUUCUAAGUUGUCACAAGCGCGCAUCUCCAGAUUCCAGCAUCCUUCCGCAUGACUUCCCCCAAAGGCUUGCUUUUCACUCGCCUUUCCUGAAGAUGGCACCAGAGCGAGUGAAACGGAGCAUUCUAACUUUACAUUUUAGUUUUACAGUGAACUGAAGCUUUAAGUCAUAAUCUAGCAUUCUAAUGCCAGGUUGCUGUAUUGUAACUUUUGAAGUAGAUGUAUUACCUGGUUCUGCCGUUCUUAGUCCUAACCGCGCAGUUCCGGUAAUCCAGCGUUCUGUGGUACACCCCUCUCACACCACAUGAUAAAGCAAGACGUUUUCUAACGAUAGCAAAGUCACUAUGUGAUGCUCCCUGAAAUAACGCAUUUGAAAUCCAUUUAGUGCAGUAUAUUUUUCUAAGUUUUGGAAAGCGGGUUUCUUCCUUUAAAAAAUUAUGGACACAGUUCACUAAAUUGUUUAGUCAAAAUUCCUAGACUGAAAGAACCUAAACAAAAAAAAUAUUUUAAAGAUAUAAAUAUAUGCUGUAUAUGUUAUGUAAUUUAUUUUAGGCUAUAAUACAUUUCCUAUUUUCGCAUUUUCAAUAAAAUGUCUCUAAUACAA